AAUUGUCGAAUUUCCCUAAUAAUAAAUCCAAGUGGGUUCCUCUAAAAUUUGAAACUUUUGUUCUUUCGAUUCACUUUUUGGUGCAGUUGGUUCGGAAAACACUGGGUGGAACACAAUGGCGAGCCAUAUCCAAAUUCAAUUCCCAGCUGAAAACCAUUGGAUUUCUCAACAACCCUAUUCAAUUAAACACAGGAGAGUGCCGCGGCUCCCUUUACUUUGAACACUACAUUGAAGUUUUGUCCUUAUAAUGGGAGUGUUUGCUGUAACUCUACACAAGAUGGGGUUAUACAGAGACAAUUCCAAGGGAUGAAUAUUUCUGAACCUGCUUGUGCUUCCCUUAUUAAAUCCAUCGUCUGUGCGAGGUGUGAUCCAUUUUCUGGUGAUCUAUAUCAAGUCAAUUCGACACCCAGGCCGGUUCCUCUUCUCUGCAACUCCACUUCAGAGAAAUCACCACAAUCCAACCAAGCAGCUACUGACUUCUGCUCUACAGUAUGGGAUACAUGCCAAAAUGUAACCAUAGUCAACUCCCCCUUUGCCCCCUCGUUACAGGGUCGAGCUGGAGUACCUACUAACUCCAGUACUAGCAAGCUCUCAGAUCUAUGGCAGUCAAAAGCUGAUUUUUGCAACGCAUUUGGUGGAGCAUCCAAGGAAGAAUCAGUCUGCUUUGUUGGUGAACCUGUGUCCCUUAACAAUACUGAACUUCCUAGCCCUCCAAAUGGCUUAUGUCUUGAGAAAAUUGGGAAUGGAUCUUACCUGAAUAUGGUGCCCCAUCCUGAUGGAUCUAAUCGUGCAUUCUUCUCUAGCCAAGCGGGCAAGAUAUGGUUGGCAACUAUUCCCGAGAAGGGGUCGGGAGGAGUGUUGGGGCUCGAUGAAUCUAAACCAUUUGUAGAUUUAACUGAUGAAGUUAACUUCGACACUCAAUUUGGCAUGAUGGGCCUUGCAUUUCAUCCCAACUUUGCACAAAAUGGAAGAUUCUUUGCUUCUUUCAAUUGUGACAAGGUUAAGUGGCCAGGGUGCUCUGGACGAUGUUCAUGUAAUUCUGAUGUUAAUUGCGAUCCUUCCAAACUACCAUCUGAUAGCGGAUCCCAACCGUGUCAGCAUCAAAGUGUUGUUGCAGAGUACACAGUUAAUGGUAGUGCAUCCCAGCCUUCAUUGGCAACAACUGCAAAGCCAUCAGAAGUAAGAAGAAUAAUCACGAUCGGUCUUCCAUUUACUGCUCAUCAUGGAGGACAGAUACUCUUUGGGCCAGAUGGCUAUCUUUACUUCAUGAUGGGGGAUGGUGGUGGUCAAGGUGAUCCCUACAAUUUUUCCCAGAACAAGAAGUCAUUGCUUGGGAAGAUUAUGAGGCUUGAUAUCAAUAACUUUCCAAGUCCAGAAGAUAUUGAUAAACUUGAUUUAUGGGGAAACUAUACUAUUCCUAAAGAUAACCCAUUUGUUGAAGAUCAAGGAGCACAGCCGGAGAUAUGGGCUUAUGGAUUGAGAAAUCCUUGGCGUUGCAGUUUCGAUUCAGAAAGGCCUUCCUACUUCAUGUGUGGAGAUGUUGGACAGGAUCAAUACGAAGAGGUGGACAUCAUCACAAAGGGCGGAAACUAUGGAUGGCGCGUUUACGAAGGUCCUCUAAAGUUUGUUCCAAAUUCAGCCCCUGGAGGAUCCACACCUGUAGAUUCCAUAAAUCCGAUCUUCCCAGUGAUGGGCUACAACCAUUCUUCAAUGAACAAGAAUAUAGGUUCUGCAUCAAUAACAGGGGGCUAUUUCUAUCGAUCUAAGACCGAUCCGUGUAUGUAUGGAAGGUACUUGUAUGGAGAUUUGUAUGCUUCUGCUAUAUGGUCAGGAAUUGAAAGCCCAGAAAACAGUGGGAACUUUACCACAAAUCAGAUUCCUUUCAGUUGUGCACCUGAUUCUCCCAUACCUUGUGGUUCCACUCCAGGAAGCUCUCUCCCACCUUUGGGUUAUGUCUUCUCAUUUGGUGAGGACAAUGACAAAGACAUUUACAUUCUAACCAGCAGCGGAGUUUACAGGGUCGUCCCGCCUAGUCGUUGUAAAUACACUUGCUCGUUGGAAAAUGCGACAUCAACAGUUGGAAGCUCCGGUCAAAUGCCGUCCCCUCCUCCAUCUCGUGCAAAUCGGUUGACGAACUCAUGGAGAAACCUGGUGCUCCUACUCACUUAUGUGCUGCUUCUGCUCAUGACUUGUAACUGAUUUGGAAGGCUAAAAAGUUUUUGGCAAGUUUUUUAAUUGUUGUUCUGGAUGGUACAUUAUGUGUAAGGUUGUGUAACUUGAAAUCAAAUAUGAAGAUUCCUCGGAGGGAACAGCAGCCAUUUACAUCAUAGGAGAAUCGGCUUGAAGAUUUGCUCAAAUAAGUUUUAUAUGCAGUGCUUGUUUAAAAGUUAAAACUAGAUCUUAUUAACUGUUAUAUGAACUAAUAUUUCAUUCACUAAUGUUAUGAAUCCUGCAAAACCA